AUGAAACGCUGUCACACAUCUUACACUAAAAGGGGGGAGACCACUGGCGGGGGAUCAGCAAAAAAAGCCUUGAAAUCACAACAUCAACAAGGGUCUUCCAGCAAAAAAAAGGCAACAGAGGGAGAAGGAAGAAAACAAGGUCAAAAAAGAAAGCAGGUCACUCAGACAGUCAAAAGUAAACCCAAGGAACAUGGGGACUAUUCCCCUCCAGGAGAAAAAGGUUCUUCAAAAAAGGUGAAACUAGCCAGUGCUAAAAUAGGAUCUUGGCAGACUCUCUCAGAGAGCAGUAGGAAGUUUCUGGAAACUCUGAUGGAUUCAGUAAUGCUAUCUGUUUUGUACCAGCAAAGUGGGAGAAAAAAUGAUGUUCAGAAGCACCUCAACUUUCUGAGAGGAAGGGUGCUGAGAUUUUUCAAGACUUUAAAGGUGCCUCCAGGGAAGCUGGGCAACCUGAAGAAUGUCCUGAGCCUUCAGAUGGCAGAGAAACAAAUGCUUGAGACAAAUGAAGAAACUUUGGUAAAGUUGCAGGAAGAAAUAAAUGAAGCUGAGCGAUCAGCAGGACGCAUUGAAGAAAAUACACAGCAACUGCAGUACAAAAUCCAGCAGCUCAAGAACCAGAUAGAGGAAGAUGAAAAAAAGGCCAAGAAGGUAUUCCAGGAAAAUUGCAGUGGAGUACUCCACCUUCCAGAACUCCCCAGACGCAGUUUACAGGCACCUACUUUGCAGGAAGAAAUUCUGAAGAUAAAAAAUCAGAAAGGUCUUUUAAAGGAUAUGAACACUAUUCAGCAGUCAGCUGACAUGAAGAACAUGUUAACCCUCAUUGAAAAGGCCUAUGAGAAGGUGGACUUCCUCUGA